AUGAUGUUUACCGAGGGUCCCGCCGACGUGCCGAGUCGCCACGCGCUGCGGGGUGUACCGGCGGCGGCUUCCGCCGACGUCCUGCCGCCGCGGAGGGCGCUGAUUUCCGCCGUGGGCGUCGACGGCGCCCCGGAGACGCUUUCCGCGCGCCUGCUUGAAGAGGCGAGCGCGGACGGCGGAGACGGGAUGGCGGAAGGCGGAGAGGCAGAGAAUCUUGACGAGGGGAGGGUGCUUGCUUCAGAAGAGUCGGGGGAGGCGGAGGAGGGCGCGUGGGAGCGCGCAAGUGCUGUUGCGGAAGAGGCGGAAGAAGGUGUGGCGGAAGGGGAGGAGGGGGAAGCGGGGGUUGAAGAGGGCCGAUUCUUGGCAGAGGAAGAAGGGCAGAUGGGGGAUGCGGAGGCGGUAGAGGGGGAGAUGGGGGAUGCUGGGGGGGAGAUUGAGGAGGGGAGGGUGUUGGAGGAGGAAGUGGAGGGGGAGAAUGAGGAUCAGGAGGACGGGGAGAUGCAGGAGGGAGAGGAUAUUGAGGAGGGAAGGGCGCUUCAAGAGCAAGGAGAGUCCGAGGAGGUUAAUAAUCUGGAGGCAGAUGAGGAAGAAGAGAAUGAGGAGGAGGGGGAGAUGCAGGAGGGGAGGGCACUCGCGGAGCAGGACGAUUUUGAGGAGGAGGGUGAGUGGGAUGAGGAUGCAGAGGAGGAGGAAGAGGAGAUGCAGGAGGGAGAGGGGCUUGAGGAGGGGAGGGUGCUGAUGGGGGACGACGGCGAGUCUGAGGAGGUUGGUGCUUUGGCGGGAGAGGAGGAGGAGGAUGAGGAAGAGGAGGAGGGGGAGAUGCAGGAGGGGAGGGCACUGGCGGACGAGGAGGGUGUAUGGGACGAAGAUGGUGAGGAGGAAGAGGAGGAGGAGAUGCCAGAGGGAGAGGAGAUCGAGGUGGGCAGGACGCUGCAGCAGGAAGAGGAUUCCGAUGAGGCUGGUUUUUUGAAGGCCGAGGAGGAGGCAGAGGAGGAGGGAGGAGAUAUGCAGGAAGGAGAGGAGAUCGAGGUGGGUAGGGCGCUGCAGGAGCAAGGAGAGUCCGAGGAGGAAGAGGAGGUACAGGAGGAGCAAGAAGAUUUCAGCGAUGAGGAAGAGGAGGAGGAGGGGGAGAUGCAGGAGAGGCGUGCUUUGGCCGAGAUUGACGAUUCUGAGGAUUUGGAUGGGGAGGAGGAUGCGGAAGAGGGAGAGGAGGAGGGAGAGAUGGAGGGGCGGGCUUUGGCAGAGCUUGACGAUUCUGAGGGUGUGAAUGAGAAUGAGGAGGAGGAGGAGGAUGAGGAUGAGGACGAGGAGGGCAGGGCUUUGGCCGAGAUCGACGAUUCUGAGGAUUUUGAUGGGGAGGAGGAUGAGGAAGAGGGAGAUGAGGAGGGGGAGAUGCAGGAGGGACGGGCUUUGGCAGAGGUCGACGAUUCUGAGGGCGAGGAUGAGGAGGAGGUGGAAGAGGAGGAGACAGAGAUGCAGGAUGAGGAGGAGGGAGAGAUGGAGGAGGGGCGUGCUUUGGCCGAGCUUGAAGAUUCUGAGGGUGUGAAUGAGGAUGAGGAGGAGGAAGAGGAGGCAGAGAUGCAGGAUGAGGAGGAUGGUAGGGUGCUUCUGGCAGAAGAGGAGGAGGAGGGAGAGAGUGAGGAGGAAGAGGAGGAGGAGGCCGAUAUGCAGGAGGGGAUGGAGGAGGAUGGUAGGGUGCUGCUGGCAGGAGAGGACGAUGAGGAGGGCGAGGAGGGAGAGAGUUUUGGGAGUGAGGAGGAAGAGCGUUUCAGGGUUUCCACUUGA